AAUAAUAUUAUAAUUUCUAGGUAACAUCGCAUAACAAACAGUUUAGCGAGCAAUUUAGUUUGACAGCAGUGUAAUAGAGAAGACAUUUUUAAAAUCCAUUCGCCCAAAGCAAUUUUUUAAAAAGCGUACAUAUUAUCUUUCAAAACUCUUCAAAAUAAAAUUAUAUAAAAUGGCAAAGAAAGUUGGAGACUCAGCCGAACUCAACUACGACAUGAACUAUAAUUUGUUUCUUUUGAAGACUUCUAUGCAAAACUUGAAAACAGCACAGGAAAAACACAGUGUGAACCGUUGGGUGCACAAACUGUUGGCGAGCAAUAAGACGGUCGCCGAGAUGAAGCUCCGUAACGAUUUCAUGUUCCACCUGGUAACGGCCGUCCAGGAGGGCGAGAUCAAGGCACCUUUCAACCAGUAUCCGCCGUCGUUGCCGCUCAGCAGUCUGACGUACCUGCUAACCGGCAGCGCACCCAGUGCUAGUGGCAAGGACGGAAAAAAAGGCGCUGGCGCUUGGGAGUGUGACCUGUCCAGCGAAGACACGGAAAAACCCAUGCUGUACAGACAAUCGCCCGACGGCGGAGCCUUUUUGGCCGCACAACCUGUACCGAAGUGUGGAGCGUUCUGUUACUUGGCCGUUGUCAGCAAGCCACCGGCAAAGGACGGCGACAAGCCCAAGUUGUAAUAGCAACACGCGGGACGCACCUACCACCGUGUAUGGUACACAUAUAUAUAUUAUAUAUAAUAUAUUGUACCUAAAAUAAAUAAUAUGAUUUGUUAAAUCA